AUGAACGGUCACGCACCAACAGCCGACCGCAUCCAAAUCGUCGACGAUGAGAAGCGGUUCACCCAAGACUUGAAUGACCAGCUUGCGCACUGGGGUCUACGUGAUGCUGGCUUCGACUAUAAUGUUGUAGCUGUAUUCGGAUCUCAAUCUACCGGCAAAAGUACACUACUCAACCGUCUCUUCGGUACCAACUUCGAUGUGAUGGACGAAACCAGGCGUCAACAGACCACUAAAGGUAUCUGGAUGUGUAGAGGGAAAGGUAUGAAUGUCAUGGUCAUGGAUGUGGAGGGGACAGACGGCAGAGAGCGCGGAGAGGACCAGGACUUCGAGCGGAAGUCUGCGCUCUUCUCUCUAGCUUCCUCCGAGGUGCUCCUUGUCAACAUCUGGGAACAUCAAGUCGGUCUUUACCAAGGUGCCAAUAUGGGCCUUUUAAAGACCGUGUUUGAGGUAAAUCUGGGUUUGUUCGGCAAGCGCUCGGCGGAGAGCAAGAAUCAGCGCACGCUCCUUCUCUUCGUCAUCCGCGACCACAUAGGGACGACGCCUCUUGUCAACUUACAGAACACCCUCACCGCGGACCUAGAGCGUAUCUGGGAGGGUCUGUCAAAACCCGAAGAACUGAAAGAUCGCAAGCUGAGCGACUACUUUGAUCUUGCGUUCACCGGCUUGUCGCACAAGAUUCUCGUCCCAGAGAAGUUCGAGGCGGACGUCAACGAGUUGCGGAAACGUUUUGUAGACAAGUCUCGUGACGACUACGUCUUCAAGCCCGCUUAUCACAAGCGCAUCCCUGCAGAUGGCAUUCCCCAUUAUAUGGAGAGCAUCUGGGAACAAGUCCAGACCAAUAAGGACCUUGACUUGCCCACACAGCAGGAGCUGCUCGCCCAGUUCCGUUGCGACGAGAUCGCUCAGGGAGCGCUGCUCGAAUUCAAUGAGCAGGCGAAGUCCCAAAAGCGACCGAUUGAGAUUGGCAAAGUCGUGGAGGGACUGGGCAAGUCGAUGCGUGCAUGGCGUACCCAAGCUCUCGCGCGUUUCGAUUCGGCGGCUUCACGCUACCACCAGGGCGUAUACAAACGCAAGCGGGUUGAUCUCGUCGCCGCACUUGACUCUGUCCUCUCUCCUCUUUUCCUCGGACAGCUCAAGAACCUUCACAAGGCCGCUCUCACUGGCUUGAAAACGGAUAUUCAAGUUGGCCUUAAGGCCGCCGACUACAACUUCGCCACCGUUCUAUCGGGCGCUCGUGAAAGCGCAGAGCAACUAUUUGUCGAGGGCGCCAAGGAGGCAGUCGUCGUCGAGGGUGAUGCUGCAUGGGCCUGGGAGGACGAGUUGGAGUUGCUUCGUCAGGAGAUCCGUGCCGUUGGCGACCAACUACGCAAGGACGAGACUAAGAAGAUGGUCAAUACCAUUGAGCGUACCGUCAGGAAGCAGAUUGCGGAACCUGUUGAGCUUGCUCUGAGCAAGCCCACGCCGGACAUGUGGGACAAGAUUCUGACAGAGUAUACCCAGACGCUCAACAAGGCGGAGCAAAAUUAUCUAUCCAAAGCAAAGAGCUUCGACUGUACCGACGAGGAGAAUGACACAGCGCUCGAGACGCUUCGCCAGCGCUCUUGGGGCGCGUUACGGACAAAGAUUGAGGAGCAGACGGCAGACGCUGCUAUUCUUGGCAAACUGCGGGGCUUCUUUGAGGAGCGCUUCCGCUACGACGAGAACGGUGUACCACGGGUGUGGAAGCCGGAGGACGAUAUCGACGGGGCGUUCAAGGUCGCGAAGGACUCAACGCUGGAGCUCAUCCCUCUAUAUGCCAAAAUUGCACCGUCCGACGCGUCGCUGGCUAUCGAACCACCAGCGCUGGACGAGGAUGACGGUAUCCUGGAUCCGCUCGUCGUGUUCAGCGAGACGAAGGCAAUUGACCUCUCGACGCGUUUCCGCCGCGACGCGGAUGCUUAUUACGUCGAGGCAAAGCGCAGCACUGUUGCGAGCAUCGCGCAGAUCCCGUACUGGAUGUACGGUGUACUUGUCGUGCUCGGAUGGAACGAAGCGAUGGCUGUCCUCUUCAAUCCGCUCUACUUCGCGAUGUUGGCCAUCCUGGCCGGCGCUGGAUACAUGGUCAUGCGACUGGGUUUGCUGGGUCCUCUCCUGCAAGUAGGCACGACAGUUGGGCGCGAGAUCCAUCGCCAGGCCGAGUCGCGCCUUCGUGAGCAUUUCGCCCAACCCAUUGCCGUCGCCGCAAACAACACGCGUACGAUCAAGGACGAGGAUGACGAUAACGUCACUAGGAAGAUGAAGUGA